CGUGGUGUUUUUGGCAAGACCGGGGAUCUGCAGUCAAUACUGUGCCUGGCCUGUGCAAGAGAUGAAGUCACUUAUUCUGGUGCACUCAAUGGGGAUAUAUAUGUGUGGAAGGGGAUUAAUCUUGCCCGAACAGUUCAAGGUGCCCAUGGGUCAGGAAUUUUCAGCAUGAAUGCUUGCGAGGAAGGAUUUGCCACUGGGGGGCGAGAUGGUUGUGUUCGCCUGUGGGAUUUAAAUUUCAAACCAAUUACUGUGAUUGAUCUCAGGGAAACAGACCAAGGAUAUAAAGGUCUCUCAGUGAGGAGUGUGUGCUGGAGAGGUGAUCAUAUCCUGGUGGGUACUCAGGAUAGCGAGAUAUUCGAGAUCGUGGUUCACGAUCGGAACAAGCCUUUCCUGAUUAUGCAGGGCCACUGCGAGGGGGAGCUCUGGGCCCUGGCUGUUCAUCCCACAAAGCCUUUAGCGAUGACUGGGAGCGACGACCGAUCUGUGAGAAUAUGGAGUCUCAUUGACCAUGCAUUGAUUGCCCGCUGUAAUAUGGAAGAACCCAUUCGCAGUGCCGCUGUGAGUACAGAUGGCAUCCAUCUUGCUCUUGGAAUGAAGGACGGUUCUUUUACUGUGUUGCGGGUCAG